AUGGUAUCUUUUGAUGUCGUUUCACUCUUCAUCCUCCAUUCCAAGGAUUUGCUCGCAUUAAAAGAUGCUGUUAUGAAAGUCGACGAACCCGAACAACUGUCCGCCUCUCAGGAGUGGGUGUGGAUGGGCGAUAAUGAGACGGAAGUUCCGGAUGAAAAGAAAAGUAGUGAUGCCCCCUUCGCUGAAUCUCCAAAGUUGCCAAACCAGAGUCGGAGGACAGGGCGGAAGCUACUCUGAAUUCCGAGAACACCAAAGAUGUGACGCCCUCAGAUGCCGAGGUGAAGGAAGAGCAGCCGGAGAGUCAGUUAAGUGUCGAAUCGAUGGAGGCGUUUGUGACCACUGAGGAUGACGACGACUUUCAUAAUCCUACUACCGCUGCGACACCUGAGGGCAGUCCUGCUAAUGCUGCUGACAGAGUCUCCAACGUUGAGUCAACUCUAGCUCCCGUGGCCGAGAUUCUGGGUUCGCCUGCAGAUGACAGGCCUUCAACCUUUUCAAGACAAGAACUAUAG